AUGGGCAUACCUUGCGGACGUCUCAUCAAGAAGCUCUCAGCUACUCCGACCCUUGCUGCGCAAAAUGACGCCCACCGCUUCGACACACUGGCUGACUCGCAGGCGGCUCUGCAAGCUAACAAGGCAACUUUCUUCUUCCAAUUGGAACGAGAGUUGGACAAGGUGAACGCUUUCUAUCUGCAAAAAGAAGCCGAGCUCAAGAUUCGACUCAAAACCUUGCUCGACAAGAAAAAAGUCAUCAAGUCGCGCCAAGGCAUCUCGAGACGCUCGUCCAAAUUCACCACACUUGAAGAAGGUUUCCAGCAGUUUGCUACGGAUCUGAACAAGCUCCAACAAUUUGUUGAAAUCAAUGGCACCGCUUUUUCAAAGAUCCUCAAGAAAUGGGACAAGACCUCGAAAUCAAAGACAAAGGAGCUGUACCUCUCGCGUGCCGUUGAGGUCCAACCUUUCUUCAAUGCGACGGUCAUUAGUGAGCUGUCCGACCAGGCCACUACCAGCCUUCAGGAGCUUGGGGCUUGGUCGGAUGGAAUUCAAGUCAGCUUCGACUCAUCUACCACACAUGUCGUUACAACUCAGCAUUUCGUGGGGACUGACGAAGGAGAUGCCGACUCGCUCCUGUUGGAUACUGUCAUUACCGGAAAUCUCGAAUCGAUUAAGGAUCUUCUUGCCAAAAUGCAAUCGGCUACUCAAGCAAGCGACGGCGACGUUUCUUUGAUGGAGCGGCUAACAAGGACGUUUCUGACGGCGAUCAACGAAGCUCCUAAGAGCGCUUUACAAGUCCUCCUGGACACCGGCUUGGUCGACUUGCAUUCAUACGAUGAUAUCAACGAAAGAAACUGCCUACACCAGGCCGCCAUCUAUGGUAGACAGCACGUACUGGAAUGGGGUCUUGCCGCCAAGGUUGCUGUAGAUCGGACUGAUGUUUACGGUCGUGUUCCGCUGCAUUAUGCUAGCUUACACGGCCGGCUGGAUAUGCUCGAAGUUUUGUUGAAUGCCAAUCCAAGCACCAUUGACCUCAUUGACCACGACAACUUCACGCCGCUAAUACACGCCAUCAUACAUGGCCAUGUCGAAUGUGUCGAGCGUCUACUCGCCAGGUCCGCUCGCAUUGACCCAGUUUCUGAUGCGGAUCAUGUGCCUUUGAAUCUUGCUUGCGAGCACGGCUCAGUUGCAAUUGUGGAAAUUCUGUUGAAGCAUGGCGCACAGAUUCUUCCUGAUGCCGAGGGACUGUAUCCUCAGCACAUGGUGGCGCGAUGUGGACGAACGUCAGACUUACUUCUACUUUUAAAACAGUAUGGAGCUGAUCUCGACCAAAUCGACAAGCUUUAUGGAUGGACCCCGCUACUGCAUGCUGCGAGCGAAGGCAACGUCGAAUGCCUCCAAGCACUGCUUAAGCUGGGUGUCGAUGCGACAAUACGAGACGAAAAGGAUCUUCCCGCCAUGUAUUAUGCUGCUUGGGAAGGCCAUUUGGAGUGUAUGCAACUACUUACGCCGUAUAAUAAGCGCCCAAGAGCAAGUCCCCUGGGUGGCCACCCUCAGAUUGACAUCAUGGACAGCAGUAGUGGCCCCCUGCCCAUGUCGUUGGAUCCAGAUGCCAUACCGAUCCUCGAGCUACCGCCGCCAAUAAUUCCUCUUCGUCGAUAUGGCCACAACUUCCUUGAUACGAAGACGGUCGUGCAAAUUGGCUUCCAGGAUGCGGGCGAGCAACCGCUGGUCUUCUUCCAGGACGGCAAGUACCCGGCUGCUCGGUUAACGAUAUCUUCCAAAGUCUCAGAUCUUAUCCCAAAGAACAUUAUUUUGCCAUUCCAAGAAGAUACCCGCGUUGUUUCUUUCCAGGUCGACAACUUGGAGACCUUUUCACUCGAUUUUGAUGUUUUCCCGGCUUACGGCGCCAAGACGAUUGCAAAGACGGUUGUGCUACCAUCUGUAUUCCUAAACCAGUCUGGCAACUCGAAGUCUUGCCUGCCACUGUUUGACCCACGAUUGCGGGCUAUUGGCCAAAUCAGCUUCACUACGCAGGUGAUUAAGCCGUUCAGAGGGCAGCCGCUCGAGAUUACGGACUUUGAAACCUAUUGGAAGGCAACAAGUCAGUUCAACCAGCCAACAAACGCCGUUGUUACUGGCUCAAGUCUGUCUGGCGAUUACGUCCGAAUAUUUGUUCAGUAUACCAGCGAUGCGGUGCCCAUCAUCUGGCCACAAUGGACCAUCUCCUGUGGUGGACUCGACAUCCCCGUCUGCCGGCUUUCAUUUGCACAAUUUGACGCUAUCACGGCUCAGAGUACUAGUCGAGCUAAGCUUGCGACUCUGACAACGAAGACAACAGAUGAUAUCGCCGAAAUCUAUCAUAUCCUGGCGACUGCAGGUAUCACCCUGAAGGACGCCCUGGCUAUUCUCCCUCCUGGUAUCCACGUCAAUCUACAGAUUGUUUAUCCAAACUCGGAGGAGGAGGAGACACUGGCGUUGGGACCGGCUCUGGAUGUUAAUGUAUUUGUUGACUCGAUUCUCACGAUUGUCUUUGACCACGCUCGAGCUCAGAGGGCCCAGUCUCAUUCGUCGCACGUGGUGCGCUCCAUGGUAUUUAGCAGCUACAACGCGCGACUCUGUACUGCUCUCAACUGGAAGCAGCCUAAUUUCCCGGUAUUUUUGUGCAACGACUUGGGCCGAGACGAGAAGGCGGUUGAAGCUAGCGGAAGGCGGACAACAUCGAUUAAGGAGGCGGUGCGGAUUGCGCAGACGAAUAACUUUAUGGGUUUGAUAUGCUAUUCUCGGUUGCUGGACAUGGUGCCGGCGCUGGUUGAUGCCGUCAAGUCGCAUGGACUUGCCCUUGUGAUGGACAAGUCGUCUGAUACCCCUGAAGUAAACCCUCUUGCGGACCCUUUCCCUCGACCGCCCAAGGGCAUUGACGGAAUUCUGAGGGACCAUGGUAUUUUACGCUUUAAUGAUUCUAUAGACAUGUAG